GGCCCACAGCCUCCUUCCGUUUGGCUGAGUGACGUACUUCUGGCAGGGGCGUGUCCUCUCCCGGAAAUGGCUUCACUGCCCGCCCCAAGUUCGGCAUGAGCGUCUUUGCGAGGGGCGGCUUGGGGCCGCUGUGUGCGGCGGCCCGCGCGGUCAUUCCCUGUCUUUGGAGAGGGAAAUACUUCAGCUCCGGGAGAGAGCCGGCAGAAACCCAGGUGACACCAAUGCUGCGGCAUCUUAUAUACAAAAUCAAGGCAACUGGCCCCAUCACUGUGGCUGAGUACAUGAAGGAGGUCUUGACCAACCCUGCCAAGGGAUAUUAUGUGUACCGUGACAUGCUAGGAGAAAAAGGAGAUUUCAUUACUUCACCGGAAAUAAGUCAGAUCUUUGGGGAGCUGCUAGGUAUAUGGUUCAUUAGCGAAUGGAUGGCUACUGGAAAAAAUGCAGCUUUCCAACUGGUGGAACUGGGCCCAGGCAGGGGUACUCUCGCAGGAGAUAUUUUGAGGGUGUUCAGUCAGCUUGGAUCUGUGCUGAAAAACUGUGACAUUUCAAUACAUCUGGUAGAGGUGAGCAGAAAAUUGAGUGAGAUUCAAGCAUUAACACUGACUGAAGAGAAGAUCCCACUAGAGCGAAAUGCUGGAUCCCCUGUAUAUAUGAAAGGUGUUACAAAAUCUGGGAUUCCAAUCUCAUGGUACCGAGAUCUGCAUGAUGUUCCAAAAGGACACAGCUUCUAUCUAGCACAUGAAUUUUUUGAUGUCCUUCCUGUGCAUAAGUUUCAGAAAACCCCACAAGGAUGGCGAGAAGUAUUCAUUGAUAUCGAUCCACAGGUUUCUGAUAAGCUGAGGUUUGUUUUGGCGCCUUGUGUCACACCAGCAGAAGUCUUCAUACAACGUGAUGAAAUGAGGGACCACGUGGAAGUGUGUCCUGAGGCUGGCAUUAUCAUUCAGGAGCUUUCUCAGCGCAUUGCGCUAACCGGAGGGGCUGCACUGAUUGCCGAUUAUGGUCACGACGGAACGAAGACAGAUACCUUCAGAGGGUUUUGUGGCCACAAGCUCCAUGACGUCCUGACUGCCCCAGGAACAGCGGACCUCACAGCCGAUGUGGACUUCAGUUAUCUGCGCAGAAUGGCAGAGGGAGAAGUAGCUUCUCUGGGGCCAAUAAAACAACAGACAUUUUUAAAAAAUAUGGGCAUUGAUGUCCGGCUGAAGAUGACAACCUACAAACAACAGUUGUGCAGCAAAAUAUCAGUCCAUAAAAUGAAAUCCUUCCUUAUUGAAGUUAGCUCAUUGAUAAUUACGGAUCUUCUUCCAUAUCAUCUGGAUUGGGAGCCAUAAUGAAGUGCUUUGGGUACACAAGAUUGUGGGUGUAUGCAUGUAUUUCCCAGCGGGCGUCAUCACUUUCAUGUGUAAUGUAACGUUCACCGAUGCGAGUUUCAAAUUCUCUAAGGUCAAGCCAAGUCUGAUAGUCCUAGGAAAAACAUGAAGUGAUUAUAAAGUAUAAAAGAAACAAACUACUGUGAACUUUUUUUUUCUUAGCACCCCAGUCACAAAAUCGACAACCCAAACUCCUCUAAGUACUUGCUACACAGUCAGUUCCAUUUGUAACAUUUAAAUUAGUGAUGUUAAAUACUUUUUCAAAUUUAGAAUCUCUAGUGAAGUAACUAGUUUCUACAACUAAAAAAAAAUUACCUGAGGCUUCUGAGAUAGCUAAUAAUAAUCACUAAAACAUUGUGUUCUAUACUCUGACCUUAUACCCACACCUUACUCCUCAAAAUAGGGAAAAGUACUUAGAAUCUACUACCAGGAUAGUUUAAUAAUCAUGGAGACUAACUAUGAUUGCAUUUGUUUUGAAGUUAAUGCUACCCCCUACUCCCUUUAAAAUAGUUCUAAAGCUUCUCUUUACUCUGGAGUUUGGGGGUAUCUUUUGACAAAUCUACGCAAUAGCUUUUGGGGGAAUUCGGCCAAACAUUUUAAAUGGCAUUUCUGAUCUCAUCAAUGCAAAUAUGAAUCUUUUAGUGGAUGUUUUUGAAGUAAAAUAUAUUUGACAAAAUAAGAUGCUUAUCUUACAAAAAGGUCAAAUGAAACAUAAGGUCCUAUAAAAAGGCUAAAUCACUGCUUUCAGUUCACGGGAGUUUAACUGCCUAUCAGUUCUGCACUUCAGUGGUUUACUGCAAAACCUCCAGAGAUGCAGCCACAGGACAAACUAAUCACUGUAGACACU